AGCUACAGUACUCUGGUUUCGUCGGAUGACUAGCUAAUAGUAAAAACACUGUUAAACGACCGACAGUUCACCUCUAAUUUCAACUCUAAGAAGCCGCGGAAGUUGUCAGUAAUGUGUCGAGGUUCGUUAUUUACACUUUGAGGCCUUUAUCGCAGCGCUGAUAAUGCUGAAAAUGAAGCUACCGAUGAAAACGGGCGAGGAAGGAGGCGACGAAACGGCCGAGGACGAUUCAUUGGAUCGGUCGGAGCAGCAACGUAUCCCCAGGGCUGUGCCUCCCUCAUCAGGGUCCGACGGACUGGAGGAGUCGCCCAGACCUUAUGUGCAUCCACCCCAGCUGGACAAGGAGACUGUGUUUGAGUGGUUCGGCCUUCAUCUGAACCCAGCCAAGAGGAUCGAGUUCAUGUGCGGGCUGCUACAUAUGUGCCAACCGCUGGAGCUCCGCUUUUUGGGAUCUUACUUGGAGGAUCUAGCGAGAAAGGACUAUCACGUUUUACGGGACUUUGAGUUUCGGGCUAACAGUCCGAAUGAUUUGGGAAUUUUAACGGACGUGAUUGAUCCAGUGGUGAGGUCCAAACUCCUCGUCUGCCUUUCCCUCCUUGGGUCUGACAGCAGGGAAUGUGCUGGAAUACUCUUUCGGAUACUGAACCAAGUUGAACCAGGCUUGUUCUACAAAAACUACGACUACUCCCUUAAUCCAUUCAGGGACCCUCUUCACCACUCUUUUCACCCAGCGUGCCAGGACGGGGAUGUGUACGGGCGGUCAGGACAGACCUGCGGCUUCUCCCCUAACGACACAGCGGCAGGACCUCUGGAGCAGUUGGCGCUGCUUUUUACCAUGGCCUCGCUACAUCCAGCUUUCCAUUUCCACCAAAGGGAGACGGUCCGGGGGCAUCUAGACAAAAUAGAGCUUGCUAUAGACGAGGAAAAACGGCGAAAUCAUCUUAGAAUAAACGCCCAGACAACGGAUCUUCUAAAUCAGAAGGCCGAUUACCUGUCUCCUCCAGUGCUGGGAUUGGGGGAAUGUACGGCAUCGCAUCCUCCAUGCCAGAGCCGACGCUCCAGCCGAUGGGCAACACAAAGAGAAGCGGUGCACAUAGAGGGGAUUGUCCUAAGAAGCAUUUCUCGGACUCGAAUAGACAAAGAAUAUAACUUUGAGGUGAAGUGGUCAGACUCGUCAUCUAGUAAUGUGACCAAAACACAUCUGGAACUGGAGAAUUUCCUUCUGAAGCUUCCUAAAGAUCCGUGUACCGAGUCUUUUGAGAAGAGUAUCUUGUGGCUUCUGAACCAAGGGGACCAGAAAGAGAGCAGAGAGGUGGAGAAGAACCUCAGGGAAAGGUUCCUGUCGGCUCCUCCAGUCUUCAGACAGACCAGGAAAGUCUGCAGCUUCUUCAAUUGUGACUCCACUUACUCUUCAAAACCUACCUGCUCUAGAUGCAACUGGCAGCUUGGUAAAGCCUACCAAGGAGACUGUUCUGAUGCCUCCAGUCAAGAGGAAGAUUUGGAGUCUUAUGUUCAGGGGCACAAGAAAAAGCACGGGACCAAAAGUCCAUGUCAAGGUCUUUCCAGUGCCAAGGGCCAGCAGAGCGAUGGCUGGAGAGGGGGUCACACUGCAGAGCUCAAUGGUUCAGCAGAGAGGAGGAAGGCUGAACAGCACCAGGAUGCAGAGAAGAGGAGCCACCAAGCCACUAAAUCAAAAAGCAGAGGCCUGCCUUCAGACAGGGACAAGGGAAAAGGGAAGGGUGCUACUUUUGUAGCUAAUGGAAGGCUGGUUUCCCCUCUGUCAUCUCAGAGGAAAGAUGGAGGUUCAGGUCCAGAUACGUUUGGUGAAACAUCAUCAGAAAGCUACAGCUCUCCAUCUAGCCCUCAGCACAGAGGACCAGAGAGCAUGGACAGUGAGGAUGACAACAACAAAGACACAGACAGCCAUUCUGAUGACUCCAGCAAAGGCCCUGGUCCUGACAUGUUCUUCAGCAACCAGACAGAUCCAGCUGUGGUAGGAGAAGUCUCCUCUGUCCAACCUUUGUCUUCCAACACCCACCAUGCCCAGAUGGAGCCUCUCUGCCCAGGGACCAGCACAGACUUCCCUCUGUCGUUCAUGCAUCCUCUGCCCUAUGUGCUCCCUAACGGAACUGUGGACUCCACUCUUCCUCUGGUCCCUCCUCCCAACCAAAGCAUCAUCCCCGACGUGAAGCCCUCAUCUGGGGCCCUGAUGAUGCAGCUGCCCCUAGUGCCUCCAGCUGUUCCUGGACUUGUUGGAGACCCAGAGAAGAGGGACAUGCUCCCAACAUUUGGGAUCCCACCUAUGGGCCUCCAUCCCACAGGAAGUCCUGCUGUGCAGCCUGUGGUUCAGAGGUUCAAAACUGCCUUGCCUCACAGCCAAGGUAUCAGCGAUGGAGCUUCAGGAAGUGGACCUACUCCUCCUGCCCCACAGGCUCCUCACCAGGCUCCUGUUAGGGCCAUCAGUGUCUUGUCUCCUGGCCCCACCUCCUUCUCUUCCCUUCCGCAGCAGUCUCUGCCCUGCCAAGAUCCGGCCGGUGCCAGCUCAGGCCUGGCUCCCUCUCUGCCACAUGUGGAGACUUCUCAUGCCAAACAUCCUGGUUUAACGUUACCGUCAGGCAUGCCUUCUCCCUACUCCCUGCCCCCUGUGCCCACCUCCGUCAUGCCUGCGACAGGAGCGACUGGAGCAGUGCCAUCUCCUGGACAUGUACAGGCAGCUGUUCCUCCAGCUGUGCCCACCCACACUCCUGGACCUGCCCCCAGCCCCAGCCCAGCUCUUACUCACAGCACAGCACACAGCGACAGUACGUCGUAUAGCAACAGCAGCGCUUCCUGUGGAAGUGCCCCCGUCAUCCCUGGUAACCCAAUCACCCCUCAGCAAACCCAGCAGCAACAAAUGCCCUCCCAGCAGCCAACACAGCAACAGCCACAACAACAGCAGCUACAACCAAUCAGCUGUGGGACCUGCGGCUGCCACAACAACUGCGGCAAUCGAGGCAGCGGCAGCAACAGCAACACCGUGAGCAUUGCCUCUGGCUGCCAGGCACCAGGCGUGUUCUUCCCCGCCCACCAGAUGGCAGGCGUUCAGCGGCAGGUGUUCAGCGUCCCACCACACCUCUUCCAGCUGACAAGCCUGUGCAGUAACAGUUACCUCCCCCAGGCCCAGCCUCCUCAUCAGGCAAACGGUGCCGCCACCCUUCCGACCUUCUUCCCCACCGCUCCCCCUCCCACCCACCCUUCACCCUACGGCCCCCUCCACACCCACACUCACAGCCAUGCUGAAGUGCCAUCACACAUGCUGGGCACCCAGGCCGCAGCAGUGGCUGCAAACUACAACCUGCAGCAGCAGAUGGCGCCCGCAUCAUUCUGCCAGCGUGUAUACCAGCACGUGUACCCAAACCCUCUGGGAAUGCUGCCUGCUGCUGCAGCUGCACUAGGAGGAGGCGGAGUCAAUAAGAAGAACGGUCAUGUGUCCUGUUAUAACUGUGGUGUGAGUGGCCACUACGCUCAGGACUGCAACCAGCCCUCCAUAGACUCUACGCAGCAAGGUGUCUUCCGGUUGAAGUAUGCAGCCUCCCACAUUUCAGAAGCACUUGACAAUGCUGAAUGAAGAAGCUGAAGCAGAAAGGCUGAAGAGAAGUUCCUCUGGUCUCAUUUCCACAGACAGUCCCCUGUUCUUCUUCCUCUGUAUAUGUGCUUUUCAGGGGAAGGAAAAAAAACUAAAAAAGAGAGUGACCUGCCAAGGGCUCAGUGGACAAAGCCUAAGUACUUGUGCCUGAGAAAAUCUUUUUCCCAUGGAGAGGAUUCAGUGUCUUGUGCACAACAGUCCACGUGACUCCUGGUCCCUUCCCUUUCAGUUUGUUUUUGAUAUUUUUGCACUGAGGGUGGGAAAUGACUAACUUAUUACUUAAUUAUUAGGAAGUUCAGAGAUUUGUUUUUACAAAUGGAGACUGAAAAAGGUUCUUAUUGACGUUUCUAAAACAGCGUAUUUAUGCCUUUUUCUUAAUUAUUACUGUUCAUCUAGGAUUUUAUCGUCCGUCAGAAUUGUACAGCAGUUUCAAAGAUUUAAACAAGAAUCAAAAAAGUAAUGUAAGGAAAGUGGAUUUUAGGUUUGUUGUUUUUAAUUUUGCUGUAAGGUUUUGAAUGUACACCUUCAUGCAUUUUUGCCACUUAAUGUUUAGAUGGAAGGUAAUUGCUGCUUUGUAUUUUUUAUUUUUAAGUUUGACUUGCACUAAAGCGAGGCAGGAACAUGUGAACUUAAAAAAAACAGGAAUACCAAUGUUAGGAUUUUAUUUUAACUACAAGAAAUGAGCUGUCAUUUCAGUGUUUUGGUAUCCUUUUAAGAUUUCAGGAGUGAAACGGCUUUUUAUAGCCAAUGAUUUAGAGGUAGUUGUAACCAUAGGAAUAAAAUACAAGGAAAUCAAAUUAGCCAAACUUAAGUCUACUCAAAGGUUUUCACUUAUUUCCAGAGCAACGUAAUGAAAGAGCAACAUAAUGAAACCUGUCUGAUGUUGAUAUUUCAUGAUUUAGAUGCUGUACUACAGCUGACCUUCAGUGUAAAGGCUCCAAUUUUCCUCAUCACGAGGUCUUAUUAGGCUUCAGUUUGCUUUAAAAGAGCUGAAACUGUCUAACCAUGUUUUUUAUAAGUCGGAUGUCAUUUUUCCUCCUCCAAAAACUCACUCUUGUUAGCCUGAAAUUUCAUCUUAAGUUUGUGUCACACAUCACACAGCCUGUUCAUAUUUGCAACUUUUUUAGUGGAUUUGGGGGUUAUUUUGUGUUGCGAUAAUCGUUCAGUACUUCCUUGCAUCUGUCUCUUGAAAUGUCUGUUUCAAAAUGGAGUCUGCAGUGGUGAUUGUCAGGAGCAUGAGAGUUAACACUGUUUAUGUCAACUGAAGAACUAUGAAUAUUAAGAAGUGAGAAAUAAUAUUUAAGUGUGUAUUUAUAUACAAGUAAACUUUCAACAACAGUAAAGCUAUUUUGAUUUCA